AUAGUUAACCCUAGGGACCGAGAGUCCUUAAGGUUAUACUUACACUUCAACAUUUUUUAUCUAAUUUUAGGGUUGGUUUGUUUGUUUGUUUGUUUUGCUAUUGUAUUUAUUUUCUAGGGUUUUGGGUCUGUUCAUAUGGCAUUGGAUUUCUCUUAUUUAAUCGAAUUUCUUUUCGUUUUCCCUGCAGUUUUGUGCCCUUGAUCGAACAAGUGGGUCUUCAACCGCGGCUGUCCCACAAAUACAGGUAAUGUAUAUGUGUAUUCAUGUAUGUAUGUAUAUUUUAUGUGUAGGUAGUGUUUUGUUUGUUCAAUAUGUGAAUAUGAAUUGGGGAUUGUAGUUUGAUGCUAAUAUGUUUGGGUAGAAGAACAUGGAAAUCAAUUUUGACCCGUUUUCGUAGAAUAGAAAAAGAGAUUGAAAUUGCCUGGUUGGUGAAGAAGUGACAAAGUCUGAUUCAUUGACUAGAUAAGGUAAACAUGGAAGAUUAGGUUAAGUAUAUUCCAGUAAAUGGGGAUUUCACGACCUGAGCUUUUGAUUAGGGGUGUGAGCUUUUUUUUUUUGUGGGGUUACAUAUAUGUUGGUGCUGAUGGUUUGGACUACAGAAAGAUGGGUGAAAGACUUGUGAGUGGUGAGGCCAGGUUGGGAUUGAAGCUAUUAUCAUUUAUCGGUUUUCUAGCUGAUAUGGAAGGAGAUGCAUGAGUUGCGUUUCUAUUUUCUAAUGAGGGAGCAAAUAUACAAAUCCACAAGAGUAUGCACAGGUUGCUAAGCCCUAAAUAGUAUGAUUCUGCAAGUAAGAUAAUUUAAAUUACAUGAUUACGCUACAUUUGUUUUAUAUUUAAAUUACAUGUUUAUGCUUCAUUUGUUUUAUUUCAUAUAUUUUUCCGCAUCUGCUUUGCUGUUAUGCCGUUGUUGGCAUUGAAUGUUGAUUGUUCAAACCUUUAAUUAUGAAAGUAUGUGCAGAAUUCUGUGCAUAUAUAAUACUUGUGUUAGUGUGCGAGCGUACACAUGCUCUAGUUCGUCUAUUGUUUUCUUGAGCAUGAUGGACUUUCUUUGUCAAACUAACCUCUAUUGACAAGAGAUUUUGCUGGAGUUUCGUGCUGGUAAAAUGGUUUCUAAGGGGAAAAAGGUUGCUCCUGAUACUUGUAAAGGACUUGUUCGCAUAGCAAGGAUAUGGUUUUAGUUGACGUUCUAUCUAAUAUUUAGCUGAACUCAUUUCUGGCACAGCCUUUUAGUAAAUUUCUCUUCUUUCUGUAUCAGGGUGAUGAGGGAUUGGUGCAUUUUCAGUGGCUUGACCGUAGUCUAAAUGUUGUGGAAGAUGUAUCCUGGUUUCUUUUUCAUUUUUGCGACAAUUUCUAGUCUUCUUUUAAGUUCUUUGUUAGUGUAGUUGUGCUUCUUCUUGUUAUUUUUAAUGUUGCUAUUUUUGUUCUUCCAUACUUUCUCAAUUCUCCCUUAUUCUGUUGUAAUCCUUGUUCACUUCACAGUUUCACUAUUCCAUUUUUUGUGUUUACUCUCCCACCUUAUAUUUAUCUUUACUUUUCUUAAAAUUUCCUUAAUGAUAGUACCACAGGAUCAGAUUAUAUUUCCUGACGAGGCAGUGUUUGAAAAAUGGUUGACAGAACCAAGUCCAUUCAUUUAUUUGCUGGAAAUGUUUUCUCAAAUUCUAACUUCUUAUGGAUGUUGUUUUGGUCUCUCCUAGUGACUUGAAAGAAAACAAAAGUUUCCCCUCCUGGUAUAGUAGCCAUUGUAAUAUUUUAAAAUUAUGUUCUUACAAUCAGACUCUCCCGUAAGAAAGCUAAGAUGGGGGGGUAUUAGGGACGUUAGCAACUUUUAAUGAGUUUUUAUAGUGCGCGACAUAUCUGGACUUGCUAUUUUCAGUUUGAUGUUCUUGGCAUUUGUAGUACAUUACUCUUUUAUGAUUUAUGUUAUGUCUUCCAAAGCUGGAAUCUUGCAGGAACCAAACUUGGGUGGGGAAGUAAGUAGCAAUGUAACUUCUUCAUCUGGGCCAGUGAAAUUCGCAGAUCUUCAAAGAAUCUUAAGUAAUAUUGAGCCAGCAGGUACUAUGUUUUCUCCUUAGAGUACAAAUUUUUAUGUAAGUUUUUUCCCUUUCUUUUUAAUUGAAUUACUUACAUCACACUUCUGCCAUCUGCAGAUAGGGCUGUGGAUCCAGAUGAAGGUGAUAAUAUGAUUUUUUUUUUUUUUUAAAUAUUUUUUUGCCAUUAAUGUUGUUUUUAGAUAAAUACAUUCGUACAAAUGCUUUAAAUCCAAAGUUUUGUGAUUAAAUAUGACCUGUUUUCCUCUGAAUAGGAAUUUUAUUACAGUUUUUGUUAUCUCAACAAUCUAAUGCGUUGCAUAGUUUUAAUUCAAAAUGCUCUUCCAAAUUUUUACUCAAAUGAUGAAAGCAGUAUUGUGAACAUUGAAUAUGUUGCUUAUUUCCUGUAGUGAAAAUCGUUCAUGUGUUAGAAAUUACUUCAGCAUGACACGGUCAAAUGUUAUGAAUCCCUGUGUACUAGGUAGAAAUAUUGCAACUGGGUUCAUAUUGUUGGCCUGGUUUGCUUUUAGCAUCUGAAGUAAUUUAUAUCUUUAAUUCACUCGAUAAUUAACAGUUUUACAAUUCAAAAAGGAUGACGCGGGUGGGCACUGGAUGUCUAAAAGAAUAGUUUCCUAGGAAGUUCAAUUUUCUUAUUGCCUUAUAUCCUUUUCUUUUUUCGUUCUUCCUUUUAGUGGCCUUUCCCUCAACUGUCAUGGCAGUAUAGUCAAGUUACUUGCGGCAAAAAUUUACGUUACUCUGUCCAGAUUGCACAUUGACCCUUGGUUCAGUUAAUCUUUUGUGAAGUGCAAGUUUGGUAGGGAGGCAUAAAUCGAUUAAUUGAUUUGGCAGAACAUAACAGAAUUGAUCACAGAAGGUUCAGGGUGUAAGGUGAGUAUGAAUUUGGACCGUUCGCAGAGGACCUAAAGUGGUUUUUAACUGUUAAUUUUUCGCAUUAACUUCUCUAAUGGUACCUGUCAAUGAUUAUUAAAGAUUUCUAACAAUAUGCAUGCCGGCCCAUUUUACUACAGUAUUUACAAUACUACUUCUAUGGUUGCUUUUUUUUAAUUUUUUUCUCCUUGAAAUAUGUUAUGGCUUAAUCGUGUGACUUGUCCUUUUGUCGGGCUAGGCGUGAGUUUGGAGGAUAUAUUGAAACCAGAGUUGAUUAUGCCAUUGAUUGAGACAUUGCCACUGGAACAGGGCUUAGGUUCUUACUUUCCUGAGGGUCAGUGGUCGCCUGAGGAUAUAUUGGAGUUGCUGCACAGUCCACCUUUUCGCCAACAAAUGGAUUCAUUUGCUUAUGUACUUCGAACAGGACAUAUAGAUUUGACUCCGUUUGGUAUUGACCCAAGUAAAUACAGGUUCACUGGAUUGUCUUUUCUUGAGGCACUUGAGGAUUCGGUUGCAAAGACGUCAGAGUCUGAGGAGCCGAGGCAAGACAACACGGAUUUAAGAUCUGAAUCUUGUAAUCGUAAGGAUGCCAUGGAUGAGUCCAAGUAGUGGAGGCACUUCUUUAUACGUUUCUGUUAAAUUUAUCGUUGUUUUAUUCGUAGGACUUUUAUGUGGUCGUAUUGUUAGCUCUGUAUAUAUUGUUGGUUCUAGAAAGGAAAAGAAGGAACAAGAAAAGGGAAUAGUGUUGAACUUUGUUUAAAUUUGCUACUGUUUUGUACAACGA